UUCCACAACUUUAUUAGCAGCAGACCACCAGAUAUGCUCCCUAUUCCGCAUGCACUCUCCCCCUCAUCGACAUUGCUCUCCUAGCACCGUUGUUGCAGUAUAGAGCAAUCUGGGAUUGGAAGAAGAGAGAAAUCGUUCAAGGAUGAACGGAGACAACCGCAAUCUUAGCCACUAUCUGUCGUUGAUGAAGAAGAACGACACAGAAAAACGAGGCAGCGGAGAGAGGAGAUCUGGCAGAGAGCUCCAACGGGGAUGAUGUGAACGACACAGAGAUGAGAUCUGGUAGGUACCCAAUUUUGCGGCGCCACCGCUGCAGUUGUUGUAAAGGAGAGAGCUCUCCGACGUAGGAUGGACAGAGUCGGAGGUAUUCCAGGCGGGACGAGGCGAAGAAUGGGGGAUGUUUUUCCAUUGGAGACGAAUCGGUCAGAGAAGAAUCAGAGUGGCGAAAGAGCGGCGGAGUUGCAGGAGAGGGACAAUUUGGGGACGGACGAAGACGCGUAUGAUAAAUGCUUUAAUUUUGUUCUAUUAUUUAAUUGUCCUUGUUGUUACAGUAACAACAAAAUGGGCGUUGUUAUUCUAUCCGGCCCCAUACUAACCAUC